UUAUUCGAUAGAUGACAAUUUUUUUUUGGCGUAGAACUACUGCGUGGACCGUCAGGUAGCGGAUUCUGCGUGCACCGCAAGCGCCAUUUUCACGGGUGUGAAGAGCCGAUACGAGACCCUUGGAAUCGAUAUCCACACCUUGCACAAUGACUGUGGGACGUCUCUCGAGAACGCGGAUCGACAACCUCAAUCCAUCGUUGCCUGGGCUCAGAAAGUCGGCAAAAAGACCGGACUGAUCACGACGGCAAGGGUGACGCACGCCACGCCUGGUGCCCUCUACGCCCAUACAGCUCAUCGGGACUGGGAAUGCGACGGGAAGAAGCCUGAGAAUGCGACAGCAUGCAAAGACAUUGCCCUUCAGCUCGUGAUCCUGGGAGGAGGUCGGCAGCUGUUCCAGGCGGUAGCCGAGGACCAAAACGAUACGUGUGCCCGGAAAGACGGUCGAGCUCUCGUCGAGGAAUGGAAGGCUCACAAGGAGUCCAUAAAGCGCUCCUAUGCUUACGUCACCACGAAGGAAGAGAUGGUGGUCGACGGAAACGAGAAGAAGGACCACGUUCUGGGUUUGUUUGCCAACAGUCACAUGUCGUACGAACUGGACCGCAAAAAAGACCCUAAGACGACGGAGCCCAGCAUCGCCGAAAUGACGAGAUUCGCCAUUCGAAAUCUGAAGAACCGGGCAGGAUUCUUCCUCAUGGUGGAAGGAGCGAGAAUCGACCACGCCCUCCACGACACGAUGGCGAAGAAGUCGCUGGAGGACGUCUUGGCCAUGGAGGAGGCCGUGGACGCGGCGAUGGAAGAACUGGGAUCCGAAUUGGACGAGACCUUGGUCGUCGUCACGGCCGAUCACUCGCACGUCAUGACCAUCAACGGAUACCCCAAGAGGGGGAACCCCAUUCUCGGAAUCUCGGAGAUCUCCAAGAUCCAAAACCUGCCGUACACGACGCUGAUGUUCACGAACGGGGGAUACUGGAAGUACAAGGUGGACCCGAACAACAGCAGCCAGGUGAUCUGGGAAAACGUGACCGAGGAGGUGGCGGCAGGGGAUGACUAUCAUCAGUUGCAGGCCGUCUUUCGUGGCGACGGAGACACCGAAACCCACGGCGGCGAGGACAUCGCCGUCUUUGCUCGAGGCCCAUGGUCGCAUCUCUUCGUCGGUCUGCACGAACAGCCCUACAUAGCGCACGUGAUGGCGCACGCAGCCUGCAUUGGACCCUAUCCACACGGGGAACACUGUCACGGGGCGACAUCAGGGUCUCGGUUCGCAGCCGGUGGACACCAUUCCGGUCUCGUCACCCUCUUUCUGAUCUUGGCCAGUCUAGUGUGGCGAUUCAACUGCAUCUGAUCGUCAUCAUCCGUCCCCAAUACACGCCAACCAAGAGGCUUCUCAAUCUUUCUGCGUGCGUCGGAGAGAGACAGAGUGAGAGAGUGAGAGUGUACGUGUGCGUGUGCACGUGACCGUACAAAAUGCAAAAUCCACAGUGAGUGUAGAUUGUGCAUAGCUGAUGUGUGUCAUCACUCCAUGUUGUGACUUUUCCUGAUUUUAGAGACAUCUGACGGAGAGAAUGAGAAAUACUUAUUGCCUUAUAGCGAGCAGAGAGAGCCAACGCCUUGCAAUCUUCAACCUCAAUCCUGGGAACGAUACAUGGAAUGAAUCGUUCUCGGAUUGGAACGAACUGUGAUGGAUUUCUAUCCAACUAUCGAUACUACCCAUUCCUAUCGAUGAAUUCCGAUUCCUACAUUCUUAUGCAGAGCAGAAUGAGUGCCAUCAACUCUUUAAUUCUGAUUCAAGCCGAGGACUCUGAUAUCACAAUGCCUUGACCUUUUUUAAAUGCAGUAUAUAUCCCAUGCAGAGUUCAAAGCCAA